AAACCUGAAUUACUAUAAUUCUAUAAGCAUCUUCUCUCCUCUUUCUCUCUCAUCUCUCUCUCUCUAGUGAGAGAAAGUCAGGGUUCGGACCAUGACUUUGAAUGCGCUAUAAUUCGAUUAUUUCAUGAAAUUAUAAUUUAAUUUUUGAAAAAUUAAUCUCUUUCUUUGUAGGGAUUAUGUUGACCCAGGAAUUCUUCUGUUGAUUUUUGCGGAAAAAAAAGCAGAGGAAUUCCUGAGUUGCAGAAAACAUGGAUGCGAAAAAUAGCGACGAAAUCGGGGAGAUGUCGAAAUUGAAAGGCGUGGGGAGUUUGAGCGACAAUGCAUUAGAUAGGAACAAUGGAAGCAUUAGCAGCAGAGACAUGAUUUUUCGAGCCGAUAAAAUCGAUCUCAAAAACUUAGAUGUGCAGCUCGAGAAGCAUUUGAGCCGCGUUUGGUCGAAAAACGUGGAAUCUCAGAGUAAGCAGAAUAUUCCAAAGGAAGUGUGGGAGAUUGAUCCUUCGAAGUUGGAGAUUCGAUACCUUGUCGCUCAGGGUACUUACGGAACUGUUUAUCGAGGCACUUAUAAUUCUCAAGAUGUCGCAGUGAAGCUAUUGGACUGGGGAGAGGAUGGCAUGUCCACAGCUGCUGAAACUACUGCACUUCGAGCAUCGUUCAAGCAAGAAGUUGCCGUUUGGCACAAGCUCGAUAAUCCAAACGUUACUCGAUUUAUCGGAGCUUCGAUGGGGACUUCGCAAUUAAAAAUUCCUUCGAAAACUCCUUCAGAGGGCUACACGAACCUACCGUCGAGGGCUUGUUGUGUCGUAGUGGAAUUUCUCGCAGGUGGGACCCUUAAGAAAUUCUUAUUCAAGAAUAGGAAGAAGAAGCUCGCCUUUAAAAUCGUGAUCCAACUCGCUUUGGACCUUUCUCGAGGAUUGAGUUAUCUACAUUCGAAGAAAAUCGUGCACCGUGAUGUGAAAGCCGAAAAUAUGUUGUUGGAUACUCAAAGAACGUUGAAAAUUGCGGAUUUCGGAGUUGCUCGUGUCGAAGCUCAAAAUCCGAGGGAUAUGACCGGUGAAACGGGAACCCUUGGCUAUAUGGCACCCGAGGUGCUCGAUGGGAAACCAUAUGACAGAAAAUGCGACGUCUAUAGUUUUGGAAUAUGCUUAUGGGAAAUAUAUUGUUGCGAUCUUCCGUAUCCAGACCUUAGCUUUGCCGAAGUUUCGUCUGCUGUUGUCAGACAGAAUCUACGGCCGGAGAUUCCUCGGUGUUGUCCAAGUUCACUUGCGAGUAUAAUGAAGAAAUGUUGGGAUGCGAAUCCGGAGAAGAGGCCCAAUAUGGAUGAAGUUGUGAGGUGGUUGGAGGCAAUCGACACCACCAGAGGGGGUGGAAUGAUUCCGGAAGAUCAGGCGGGGGGCUGUUUCUGCUUUGCCCCCACACGUGGGCCCUGAUUUUUUUUUUCUUUAAAUCUUAAAUUUGCCUCCAUUUUCACAUGUUUGAUUGAGAUUAGAAUGUGUUUAGGUGAACUAAGCAAAGUAUUUGUUGAAGUGAGAGAUCUUGAUCAAUUGGUGAAGAGUUUGUGUAUCAAUCAUUUAUUAAAUUAAUGUUGGAGAUAAUUUGCCUUGUUAUUCAUUUGUGCCUCGUUUGAUUGGGUACAUAUAUAUGAUGAUUGAUUAAAUAAAUUGCUCCGAUUUUGUAUU